AUGAAUAUUAUUCCACUACUUACAUAUUACCUUAUAAGUUCCAAUGGAAAUUUUACCGAACUUGAUAAUAAUUUGGAUAUUGCAGAUUCUCUUAUAUACGUUAUCGAGAAAUUCAUCAAACCAAAAAGUGCUUCAUUUUUUCUUCUGAUGGCAAACGAACGAUCUAAUACUAUUGAAUUUUAUUCCGAUCUCUUGCGGUUACUUUUUGGAAAACAACGACUUAAUAUAAAAACGCAUAUUGUAUUGAACGGUAAAUCAGUUGGACCAACAAUUUAUGGCGAAAGACUUUAUAAUAUAAUGUUGAUAGAUUCAUGGCAAGCUUUUCUAAAAAUAGAUCCUGCCUCCAAAGUUCAAAACUAUGACAUCAAUGAGUUCUAUCAUAUUUUUCUCAAAACUGACGAUCAGUAUGUCUUUGAUGAUAUGCAAAUAAUAUUCGAUUACUGCUGGAAGAAUUAUAUCAUUAAUGUCAAUAUUCAGGUUCAAAAAUCAUCUGGUGAAAUAAUUAUCUACAGUUAUUUUCCAUUUGCCAAAACGCAUUGUCGAAAAGUUAUUCCAGUGGAAAUUAAUCGUUUUGAAAAUGGUAAAAUGAGGAAUAAACAAAUGUUUCCACCAAAACUUCAAGAUUUGUUCGAUUGUCCAUUGAGAGUGGCAACUUAUGAUAUUGCACCGUACUUAACGCUGGACUUAACGAAAAAGGGUAGAGACAUAAUUGGUGGAUUUGAAGGAAAACUUUUGAAUCAGUUAAGUUUAAAAAUGAAUUUCGAUAUCGAAGUUGUCGUGCCACCAAAAAACGAACUUAGAGGGGUUAUCUAUGGAAAUCUUAGUACUGGAGCUGUCGAAAUGCUCCGAAAGAAAGAAGCCGACUUGAGUAUUGGUUGCAUAUGGUUCUCGGAAAAUCGCAGUCGAGUGCUCACUGCUACAGACACAUAUUUACAAUCUAAAAAUAUGCCCAUCUUAAUGGAUUCCUCAACGAACUUCAAACCUGAUUUAGCUCUUUGGUUUCCAUUUGAGCCCGAAGCUGCCAAGGCCUUGCUAGCAGCCUUUCUUGCAACCAUAACACUGUUUUACAUUUGGACCAGAUUUCAAGCUGCGUUUUGGAAGUUCAUCCCAACAAAUAAGCCCAAUAUAUGUCUGAAUUAUCUUGCCUACACUUUGGGUACCCCACCAUCUGCUGAGCCAAUACAGAAUUCCAAAAGGAUUUUCAUCACCACAUGGGUAUUGUUUGUCCUGGUUAUCCGGACGAAAUACGGGGCCAUAAUCUAUCACCUCAUUCGAAAUAAUAUUUUUCUGAAACCCCCCUCAACCAUUGAUGAACUCAUUAAACUAAACUACACUUUUGUUUUAAAUCGUCACGGCUGGAAUGAAAUGGGAAACAUGGGAGUAUUCAAAGAUAUGCCAGCUAAGAAAAUAACCCUUGAAAAUAUUGACAAUUUUGAAGUUUUUCAAUAUUUGGAACAAAAUAAGAACGAAAAAUUAUUCACAGCCGCCCCAAUUGAAUUUAUCUUGGACUAUUUGGGAAAGGGUCGGAAGAUUGGAGUGUUGAAAACAUUGAAGGAGGCCUUUAUGCAUCAGAAUGUGUGCAUCUACUUGACAAAACAUUCGUUCUUAGCUGAUCGAUUGAAUACGUUUAUAUUAAGAACGAAUGCCGUAGGCCUGAUGGACAACUGGGUGGAGCAGGCUAUAGAUUUCUCAUUUUUCAGAAUUAAAAGACCACCAAAGCAAAUCACUAUUGGACUACAGCAAUUAGAUGGCGUUUUGUAUCUUUGUGGUUUUAUGUUGGCCAUUGCUUCGGUGACAACAGACACUAAUGGCAUGUCGACGUGUCAUGUGGUGGAUAUUAUGAUGCCAACAUCACGCAACUCCCUUAAAAAAACAUACCCCCAUGACAAGCCAAAGCUAUAA